AUGCGUAUUAAUUUAAAAAAAUGCAACUUUCAUUCUCUCCCUUUCUCUCUCUCUCUCUCUUUUCUUCUUUCUUUCUUUCUCUCUUCCCUCUCCCUUUCUCUGUCUCUCCUUCCCCCUCUCUCUCUUUCUCUCCCUCUCCACUCUUUCUCUAUCUCUCCUCUCUCUUUCUCUCUCUCGUGCUGUCUGUCUAACGACUUGUCGCUGUCUGUCUGUCUGUUAUCUAUCUAUCUAUCUAUCUAUCUAUCUAUCUAUCUAUCUCAGUCUUUUCAUUAUCUAUCUAUCUAUCUAUCUAUCUAUCUAUCUAUCACAGUCUUUUCACUAUCUAUCUAUCUAUCUAUCUAUCUAUUUGAGACCAUCAAUAUAGACAUGAUUUCUCCCGCCAAAGUCCCAAAGUUAUCUCUCCUCGUCGCUGCAGGGGAUACACCUACGCUUUUUAACAAAGGAACAGACAUUGGACGUGGGAACGAAGGUUUAUCCCAGACGCUCAGUAGACGACAGUAG